CAAAUACCGGGAUAUGUUCUGCAGACCCUGAGAAGCAGACCAGCCAGGGAGACGAAAAACCCGCCCGCCGGCAUGUAUCAUGCCUGCGGGCUACGGCUUGCGACUUGACCUGCUUUCAGGGACGAUCGCCUUUCUGCCUAAAUUCAACAUCGCGCCCCAGUGCCCGUCUGCCCCACGGGGAAUUCAUGACGGGAAAGGGAGUCGUGGCGAGCAAGACGUCGUGCCCACUGCCCCCGGGGCCCCCGCACUUUUCUACCCCAUGGGCCCAUAGUCCUGAUGUGGCUGCCGGAAGGCAUCUUGGCGGACCUCCGGGGUCUACAAGUGCCGAACGUAGCAGGCCAAGAUGUCGAUCAGCCUCACAUGAUGGCGUCGUCGAACAAAAUCCUGGUAUUACGAAUUGCCCCGAGCCGGUAGAAUGCGAACUGCCCGAGCGAGGGAGUUGAGGGUUGAGGGCUAAAUCGAGUUGAGAAGGUGGCAAGAAGCAUUUGACGUUCAUUCAGGGGU